AGAGAUGAGCAACCUGAAAUUUUGUUCAUGUUCAAGCUUUAUUCUUAUCUUCAUGCUUGGGAUUCCACAUCUUCUUCCCCACACACAGGGAUCUAAAAGGUUAUUUUCUGUCAUUGACUAUGGUGCAGAAGGAGAUGGCCAACAUAAUGAUACCAAGGCAUUUCAAGAAGCUUGGAAAAUAGCUUGCUCGUUGCAUGGACGAACAGAGAUUUUGUUGCCAUAUGGGAAAACAUUUUUGGUGUAUCCACUUGACAUUGUGGGACCUUGUCGGUCCAGGGUCACUUUGUUGAUCUUAGGAUCAAUAGUGGCACCAAAAGAUCCAGAGCAGUGGAAUGGUUUUGAUCGACAGAAAUGGCUUUCGUUCAGAUGGCUGAAUCAUCUCACUGUAGAUGGUGGUGGCAGUGGCACUAUCAAUGGAAUGGGCCACAAUUGGUGGUCCAGAUCAUGCAAGACCACCCCAAAUCAUGCAUGUGAAGCCGCUCCAACGGCCGUCACUUUCCAUAGAUGCUUCCAUCUCAGAGUGAAGGACCUCAAAUUGCUCAAUAGCCAACAAAUCCACGUGGCCAUCACUAGUUCAAGGAACGUCAUCACAUCCAAUCUCCGAGUGCUAGCUCCUGCCUUUAGCCCCAACACUGAUGGAAUUCAUAUUGGUGCUUCAAAGGGUGUUGAGGUCAAGGAUUGCUUAAUCCAAACAGGGGAUGAUUGUAUUUCCAUAGUCACCAAUUCCUCAAAAAUCAGGAUUACAAACUUAUCCUGUGGUCCAGGCCAUGGCAUCAGUAUCGGUAGCUUGGGCAAAUUCAACACGUGGGAGAAGGUGCAAGAUGUAACAGUGGAUGGAGCUUUUCUUUACAGAACUGGUAAUGGGGUAAGAAUCAAGACAUGGCAGGGUGGUGGUGGUUUUGCCUCCGAUAUCACAUUCAGAAAUAUUUUGAUGGAUCAAGUAUCAAAUCCAAUAACAAUAGAUCAAUAUUACUGUGAUUCCUCCAUGACAUGUCAGAAUCAGAGUUCUGCUGUGAAAGUGAGGCACAUAUCCUUCAUCAAUAUCAGAGGAACAUCAGCUUCACAUAAUGCUAUAAAAUUUGCAUGCAGUGAUGCCUCUCCUUGCGAAGAUUUACACCUUGAGAAUAUCUUUCUCGCGCCUUGCUGUGGAGGAUUGGUGAGAUCUUAUUGUUGGGAAGCUCAUGGCUUCAUUCGGGGUCCUGUGAUGCCUUCUGCUUGCUCCCCAGUUUGCCAGAAUUUCACUGGUCCAGAAGGAUGUCAACUUGCGAAUCCUCAAAUUGAAAAAUACGAGCAGGUGGAAGAGCAACCUGCACUGAGUAAAGUUACCGGAGCUGGAUUCAACCAGACUGUAGAAGCAAAUUCACCAUAACUAUCGUUAUCAUAAUGUUCUUGUCUUCUUCAUUCUCAGUAAAUAUAAUAGAAGCACAUCAAUAUGUGUUAUAUCCCGGGGAACUAUAUAUACAUAUAUGUGCGUAAUUUUUAUGCUUUAGUGCUUUGGCUUGUAGCCUCACAAUCUCAGGCAAGUAAAAAGUUGGAUGUAAUAGCCAUUAAAGGCCCAACAAAAAAGAGUGUGUGUGUUUGAUUCACAUAUAGACGGCAAUUCUGUUUUAUUCCGCAUAAGGACCUUAUA